AUGAGGGCUGUGUCUGUGGAUCUGAAUAUUGAUCCUUCCCUACAAAUUGACAUCCCAGAUGCUCUGAGUGAAAAAGACAAAGUAAAGUUCACUGUACAUACUAAGACCACGCUGCCAACUUUUCAAAGCCCAGAGUUUUCAGUUACGAGGCAACAUGAAGACUUUGUGUGGCUACAUGAUACGCUUACUGAAACUGAAGAGUAUGCGGGACUUAUUAUCCCUCCAGCACCUGCAAAGCCUGACUUCGAUGGUCCCAGAGAGAAGAUGCAGAAACUCGGGGAAGGAGAAGUGUCUAUGACAAAAGAGGAAUUUGCAAAGAUGAAGCAAGAACUAGAAGCGGAAUACCUUGCUGUCUUUAAGAAGACCGUGUCCUCACAUGAAGUUUUCCUUCAGCGACUUUCUUCUCAUCCUGUGCUCAGCAAAGAUCGCAACUUCCACGUUUUCCUAGAGUAUGACCAGGAUCUAAGUGUUCGGAGAAAAAAUACAAAAGAGAUGUUUGGUGGCUUUUUAAAAAGCAUGGUGAAGAGUGCUGAUGAAGUCCUCUUUUCUGGAGUUAAGGAGGUAGAUGACUUCUUUGAGCAAGAGAAGACCUUUCUCAUAAACUACUACAACAGGAUCAAGGAUUCAUGUGCAAAAGCAGAUAAGAUGACAAGAUCACAUAAAAAUGUUGCAGAUGACUACAUCCACACAUCAGCUUGCUUGAGCAGCCUGGCUUUAGAAGAGCCCACAGUUAUUAAAAAGUACUUGUUGAAAGUUGCAGAGCUCUUUGAAAAACUCAGGAAGGUAGAGAAUCGGGUUUCGUCUGACGAAGACUUAAAGCUGUCGGAAUUGUUAAGAUACUACAUGCUCAACAUCGAAGCUGCAAAGGAUCUUCUGUACAGACGUACCCGGGCCCUUGUGGACUUUGAAAAUUCAAACAAAGCCCUGGACAAAGCUAGACUGAAAAGCAAAGAUGUCCGACUGGCAGAGGCACAUCAACAAGCCUGCUGCCAGAAGUUUGAAAAGCUUUCUGAGUCAGCAAAAGAAGAACUGAACAACUUCAAACGGAAGAGAAUAGCAGCCUUUCGGAAAAAUCUAAUUGAAAUGGCUGAACUGGAAAUCAAGCAUGCGAAGAACAAUGUCUCUCUCCUGCAAAGCUGCAUGGACUUGUUCAAGAACAACUAAGGCACCUUUCAUCUGACAGAAUGUGGGGGGAAAAAACACAUCAGUUGCACUCGACAGCCAUGGGGAAAUGUAUAUCUAGCUUGACUUCAUUAGGUUAAAAUACAUGAAGACGCUGUCUUGAGCUCUUUGGCUAAUACCUACCCAUGUUGACAUCAACAUAUGGGCUUCCCUGGUAUAAAUGAAAGCUGAAUUGCGUAUGAAUUACUUGGAUGUAGCUAACUUCCGGUUGAGUUAAUAUCAAAGUACAAGUACUAGAUUCUGGAACAUGGACCAGUUUUCUAAUGAUGGAGAAAACAGCCCCUUUUUACCAAGGAUGGCAUUGCAAUCUGUGUCUAUGUAGCCCAAACUAUCUGUGUCAAGUUCAUAUUUGGGGAGAUCUUAUGUACAACAUUCUUAAGCAGUUUUAUAAGUCCGCUUCAUAGAGAGAUUUCUACUACAAUGUAUUUUGGAUUUCUAUAACUACAUUCAGAAUUUGUACAAUCGGCAAUACAGCAAAAAUAAACGUCUCAUACUAUUA